CUUUAAUGCUUGAACGUGUGAGAAGCAAGUCGCUUCCUGGCCAACGGUUUAAGCCGUCAAGAUUGUGAUUUUGGACGGAACUGUCGCCGCUUGCCUCAGUAUAGCCUAAGAGUUCAGGACGCCGGUAAAAUAAAAUAGAGGAGGAAAGAAACUGCAUGAUUUUGAUUCAGUGCACGGACAUCAGACAGAGUAAUUAGUCUUUGAAACACUAGCUUGUUGAAACUAUAACUUGUCCGCAAUUUACACAUUGAGGAGGAUGUUUUAACAUGCUAUGACGAGGAGAGAGGAAGCCCCAGGCCUGGCCCAUGGUGUCUCCCUGACGUGCGUCCUCUGAGCUGGGGCUGGUGUGGCCAUGUUGUGGUUCCAGCAGGGCCUGAGUGCCCUCCCUGUCGUGCUCGUGCUCUGGACCUCCGCCGCCUUCAUCCUGUCCUACAUCACGGCUGUCCUCCUGCAGCAUGUGGAUCCCCUGGUACCCUACAUCAGUGAUACGGGAACUGUCGUUCCGGAGAGAUGCGUCUUUGGGCUCAUGCUCAACAUUUCAUCUUUUUUAGGCGUGGCCACUAUGUACGUGAGGUACAAACAGGUGGAGGAGCUGAACAGGAAUGAGGUUCGUGUCCACAAGUGGAACAAGGCAGGCCUGGCGCUGGGUAUCAUCAGCUCCUUCGGCAUGUGCAUUGUGGCCAACUUCCAGAAAACCAGUGUGAUCUCCAUGCACUGGGUGGGAGCUGUGCUGACCUUUGGGAUUGGAACCAUUUACAUCCUGUGCCAGACCGUCUUGUCCUACAUGAUGCAGCCCCACAUAAAUGGCAAGGAAACCUUCUGGAUCCGGCUGCUCGUGGGUGUCUGGUGCGGAGUCAGCAUCGUGUGCAUGUUCGUGUCCUCGGUCAUCAUGUACAGCAGCCUGCCGGGGAUUGAUGUGGCCAAGAAGCUGCACUGGACCCCUGGGGAAACGGGCUACACACCUCACAUUGUCAGCACUAUUUCGGAGUGGUCUCUGGCCUUCGCCUUCGUCAGCUUCUUCCUCACCUACAUUCGCGAUUUCCAGAAAAUCAAGCUUCGUGCCGAGGCCAUUUUGCAGAGCAGCCACCUCCACGACACGACGCACUACAACGUCAACGUGCACGUGCACCGGGGCGAGCGGUCCCCCCUCCUCGCACGGGCCUGUGACCAUGCCGACAGUUAACGACGACUGUCUUGGGGGUCCUCCCGAAAGCCAGGUGCCCCCUGCGCAGACCAAGGAGGCCUCCCAUGAUCCUUUGCUGCACACCUGCUGCAAGACUGGGCCCCAUGAUGGACCUGAAACCCUUUUUCUCCCUCUCUCUCGUGACUCUUAUUAGCCUUUGUUUGUUUUUAAAACCUUCCUGUUCUGUUCCAAUCCCCAGCUGCAUCCUUGCCAUGUUGCUACAACUGACUGUAACCGCAGAGAGAGAAAAGAUGCUCAGUGUUUAAAAAAAACACUUUAACCAGAGGCACCGCAAACAGGCUCAGCCAGUAAAGAUGCUGCUUUGGAGCCCCAGCCAAUAACCCCAUGUCCCAGCUUGAAGUGGCAAAAUCUGGACUAUGUCAGACGCCAGCAGGCACCAGGGGUCCCCAAGGAUUUUGGGUGGGCUUGAGUCGUUGAGCCCGUGAGCUUGUAGUGUGGUCAGCCAGGACUUCAUCACCCCUGUAAAUAACAGAAAAUAACUACCUGGGGGACAUCAAGUGUCUGGCAGGAUUCUGCAAACAUUUAUUUAAACUGACUGAAAAAAAGGGCUCGAACGCAAUGAGGCCUUAUCUGUUAAAGUCCUCAGUUCUGUUUCUCUUUGUGUCACUUCUCCAGUUUUACCGCAGCAGGGAGUUAAGUUCCUGCAUUCAGGAGCUGGAGGUAGGUUUGCGGUAGGGCUGGCAGCUCGCCUUUCGUAAACCUUCAUCCUUCUAUUCGUACGGCCUGCAGUCGUGUGCCUUGGUUCCGUUACCCCCGCCGGCGUGUGCGUGUGGAAUUGACAGAGUCCUGAGCAGGACUGUGCCCGAGAGGCUGCUGCUGCUCCAAGCACGUCCGGUCAGCAGCUGGAGGGUGGGGGGGGUUAAAAAUGAUCUCAAAGUAUAAUUGUCCGCAGGGACUCCCGAGUAGCCGAGCCUGUAAAGAAGCUUACCAGGGAGCUGGUUACAGGUUCGAGCCGGGGUCAGUGCGCCUCGAUAGUGACAGGGGGGCCCCGGGUGGUGGCGCACAGUCGGACGAGCGGCGUGGGGGGGUGGGGUAGAUGAGUGGGUCAGGGCCCCGAGUGGCACAGUGACGCGUGCAGUGCUGUCAGUGAGGGGUGAGCCGGGCCCCGGGAUUGGCACUGAACCUCCAAUGACAGGUUAAAGGACAGGUGUCUCGACGGUGGGGGCCUGGAGCAGUCUUCCCACCCCAUUCUCCCCUGCGUGCAGUGUGCAGGUACAGGGCUUGGGACUGCAUGCAGAGAUGGGAGAAACCACACAGGGUCAGGUACUCCACAUUGGGUGGGAAUAAUUUGUGAUUUGAAUUUAAACAGGAGUAUUAACUGCGAUAGUUACAGAAUUUGGGAGAGAUUUGUUCUUGAAGAACAAUGGGGGGUGUUUUUUAGAGGAGUUGAAUUGGUUAAUGCAGUGGCUGAAUUCCUUUUGUCAAUAUUAGAAAAAGGAAAAAUUCCCAUCAUGCACAUUUAAUUCCUACUAAACCAUUAGUCCCAGGACCUCAGAUUUAAGGAUCCCAGGGGAGUGGCUUGUCCCAGAUACCCACACCCUGUGUGUAAUGAAGUGUUUCCUGUCCUGAAUGAACAUCCUUUUCUUCUGUCUUCCUUAGGAACCUGUAGCACUGCUGGUCCUGAGGUUGUCCUCUGGGUUGACUUUAAGCACUUAUAAAAGUUAUCAGAUCCCCGUGUUUUCACUUUUCAGGACUACGUUGUGUUUCUUUAACCCAUCUGUUUAAGACAUGCAUAUGAUUGACUCGGUGCAAUACUAUGUGCCCAUUAAUGUUUUUUUAAAUCAGUAGCAUUUUUUAGAAACUGGUAUUUCCAGUAUUUGGAUGUCUGAGAGCAGAUGAAAAAUGAAUUGUUUUGAGGUGUUCACUUACAACUAAGAAUGCAGUGUGUUAGACCACGGGGAUAUAUUUGUGUAACACGUAAAGGAGUUGUUGAAGGGGGAGCACAAGUAAUUUGGUAAAUGUAAAUAUCUUUGUGCACUGUCCCUUGUUCUUCCCCUCCCUGCUCAAAGCUGUCCAGUAUAAAACGUCAGUCAUUUACUGUCACAAAGCUGAGGUUAAGAUCAUUUUCUUACAACGAGCAGUUUUCUUUUUUAAAAUACUGUAGAGCUCAUUGUUUUACUAACUGCAGGAAAUAUGAUACACAGGGAGCCUCUGGACUUUAAAAAGAUAUUAUGUUACCUGUCUUUUUUUAACAGCACCCUUUUGAUAACAUUUGCAUUAACCCAAAUGUCCAUUAUCAUACUGUGUUUGUAAAUCGGCGAUUUACAUUGACAUUUUUAAAUCAGGUGAUUACAUGGAAAAGCCACUAUUUCCAAUAAAACAUGACAUUUGUAUUCAAGCGGU